CGCCUCCUCCCUCAUUCCUCCUUUCUGUGGUUUGUAAAUCAUUUGUUUUCUAACAGAUUCCCUGUGCAUCGAGUAGCUGGACUGAGAUUGACCUUCAACAUGUUUCGAGGUAAUCCAAUCAUGAAAAAAAAUUAUGUCAUGGUCCUUGGGAACACCAUGAAUUCCCACAAAACCUUUUUGGAGGCCCUCACAUCCAAUAGAGGCAGUGAUAUAACCUCACUAAAACUUUGUGAAGUGUCUUCAUCGGACAACAGUGAUGUCAUCAUUGCUUUUGUUCCGAUUGCGUCUCGAGCUGGUACUGACAUUUCAAAUGCAAUGGAGAAGAUUCCUAAGGAGAAGCCUGUUGUUCUUGUUGUGCUCCACCACACCUUUGAUCCAGAUUACAUCGCUCCAGACAGCAGACUCCGUGUAAACAAUGAGAGAGUGUUUGUUGUAGAUUGUCUCUUCCAUGAAGAUCAGGGGCUGCUGAAAUGCCCGCGCAAUGACGAUGCAAUCAGAGCCGUGAAGGAGCACCUGAUGAAAGGCACUAACACUGAGAUGCAGCAAAGUAUGACCCAUCAGGAAGAAGAAAACCAACAACUGCUACAGCAGAACAGAACCCAUGAGGAACCACAGCACCAACGAACGGUGAAUUUCAAGAUGAUGAUAUGUAUAUUGUUUGGUGUUAGUGUUUUUGUAGGUAUUGUAGUGGUGAUUGGUUUGAUCAUCAGGAGGAUUGUAUUUCCACACUUCUCAAAUUCCAGUUCUCUUAAUUAAUUUCAUUUUGUUCACUUCAUUUAUGAAAUACAAUAUUUCUAGAGCUUGUAUCAGGUGUAUAUCUAUAAAAUAAUAAUUUGCAGUUUAAUAUAUAAACUUCGAAGCUGUUUGUAUAAAUAUUUUUUGUUCUUCCCCCUGCAUGAGCUUCGCACUGUGUGUUUGUAUAGUUCAGCAGAACACCAUAUCUGUAUACAGAUUAUCCCAUAAUGUUAUUAUUCUACAGAAAUUAGCUUUAUUAUCUCUCUUAAGGCUACAUCUUGCAUUUGCUGCUACACAACAACUUUACAAAUAAAAUUACAGAACAGCUCAGUUUCCUCUUACCUCCCUGAGUGUCACGCUGGAUUUAAAUGUCCUUGUGUCUUUGUGGAUUUCUCUGUGUGCGUGUUUAUGUCCCUCAGCACAGACAUGAACUCUAAUGCGACAAGACAGGUUCAAAAGAAGGACAUAAUGCGAGAGAAAA